AUGACCGAACGAAAGGUGAAACCGUCGGCGUCGUCACGGUCUCUGCGUAGCGCCUUUUCGUUCAUGAGCGCCAAACGCGACACGCCCGAGCGCAGAGUGGUCUCGGGACCCCAACUCGACAUCUACCCCGAACACCAAAACACGUCGCAGACGACGCUGAACGCCGAAACCGACCCUCGACAGUCGCUGAGCGCUGGAAGUGCGUCCGCGGGAUCGCGACACCACGCAAGAGCGUCCUCGGAGUCCCACAACCCCGCCCCAGACAACCAUCCCCUGUCUCUGGGCCGAACUGCAUCGACCCUCGCCACCAACUCCACCCAGGCCAAGUACCGGCCCCGGACGCGCGCCAGCUCGAUUUUCUCGCUCAACUCCAUCUUCCGCGACUCACAGUCGUCCCGCAGCAUCGCCUCGAGCAACAGCAUCAGCCGCCCGUCGAUCCACGAAGACCCAGCAGCAGUCCCCCAAGACGCCCAGUCAGCAGAGUACACUCGCAAAAUCAAAUCACACAUUGCCAACGACAAGGGCAUUCUCAAGGGCAAGGUUGGAUGGCGACGCGGAGUGGAUCCGCGCAGCGGCUGGACCCAGGGAACCGUUUGGAUCUCGGACGAGAGUCUCUGUGGAGCAUCUCCCGAGUCGCGGCUCACCGAAACCCUGAUCCAGGACCUCAGAUCCAUCAGACUCAACGCCAACAAACAGACAUCAGUGAUUGACAUUGCAGCCAUCAACGGAAACGAGCGGGUGUCCUUGCAGCUGGACUCUACGGACGGCCUGCUUCGGUGGAUCGCAGCUCUAUCGGUAUGGAUGUGUCUGGCGGGUACAGGCAUUGAGAGCAAGCGAAUCCAGCCAAAGGUGGUACCGGACACCUGUACUGGCCAGGAUCCGAUCCUCAGCUGCUCUCUGCAGGUCAUGGGCAAAAUCGUUAAGAACAAACGGCUAAGUCGGAGCAUUUUCAAAGCUUCUCCUACCAUGCUGCCUCAAUCUUUGCAGGCCCCUACAUCAUGGGUCACUGCCCAGGCCAAAUUGCGGCCGAAUGGAGCAUUGGAUUUCACCACAGAGGACCAGACGUACUCGUUUUCAACGUCGUUGGCGGAGUUGACGCGCCAAGAUGCAUGGAGAAUCCACUGGAGCGUGUUCCAGAAGCACCACGUGCUGUAUCUCGGCUCGUUACGAAAGGAGGACGAAAAGGUGGUUAAACUAGACAUUUUUGCACUAGGCUCGUCGCCUCAAAAGAUUAGAAGACCCAUAGACCAGCUCACAGGAAUCUAUCUGGCAUUCCCAUCCGAACACGAGUACAAGAGGUGGCUGUAUGUGCUGGGGAACACGCUUAGACCGACGUACUACGCGCUGGCGUCCCGUUCCUUCUCACAGACGCUCCGUUCAGCCUCCCGUCUGGAUAUGAGACUUUUGCAUGCUCGAUACAAGCCCGCCCAGAAGGGUACAGGUCACGUGCCGCCUCCCACAUCCUUCUUUGAGCUCUCGUCUCGCGGUAUCUUACUAGGAAGGUCUUGUCUCGGUCGAAAUUCACGAGAUCCAUUUUUCCGCGACGAUUUCGUGCUGGAUUCGGUUGCCGAUGUGCUCCCCCUUGAGCUGGACUGUCGGUUUGUGAACUUUGACGACCAGCCGUUGGUUGGACGGGUCCGAAUCACCCGGGAGCUCGUUCAGGGUCCUGCAGUGGAACAAUGGGUCAAAAUAUAUGACGUCAACGACGGGUCCACUCUGGGCGACGUGUGCAUCAAAAUCUCGUAUUUCGGCUCGAACGUGUUGGCGCCCCAUCAGUACGAGCAUCUCGAGGCUAUGCUCAAGGACACAGAUUCACGGUUGUCGGCCAAGAUCUCCGAGGCCCGAAUGUCGUUGCCUGAAUACACGGACAUGUUUGUCAAGAUCUACUCGUGUCUUGGAAUUUGCGAUCAAUGGCUCAUGUCGUUGAUUGAUGGUGAGAUUGGUAAGCUGGCGGACAAAGUGACUGCCAACGACCGAUCCAAACAGGUGUCCAACUUGUUGUUCCGGGGCAACACGCUCAUGACCAAGGCGAUUGAGAAGUACAUGCAAUUGACUGCCCACUCUUACUUGAGGGAUUUGGUUGGAAAAGUUGUCCGGCAGGUUCUUGAUCGCGACGAGAAGCUAGAGCUGGACCCUUCACGGCUCGACGAUGGCCAUGGAAUCACCCCCGAGAUUGAGCAGCUCAAGGUGCACAACCAGGAGCGACUCAUGGCGCACGCAGAGACAAUCUGGGUGAAUAUUCGCAACACCAUUGCCGAUAUUCCCCAGUCUUUGGUCGUUGUCUUCCAGUAUUUGAGACAACAGCUGGAGGGACUCCAUCAAGAUGAGGAGGUUGUCUUCAACGGCAUUUCUGGGUUUCUGUUCCUCCGGUUUAUUUGCCCGGCUCUUCUGUCCCCAAAACUGUUUGGGUUGGUGCACAAUUCCCCUCAGCCCGAAGUUCAGCGUACGUUGACUCUGCUGGCAAAACUGAUGCAGAGUUUUGCGAAUCGAGCCAAUUUCACCGCCAAGGAGUCUUUCAUGAUCCCCCUUACGCCCUUUAUUGAGAACAAUAAGAAGGAGUUGUGUCAGUACUUCCGGGUGAUUUCCAACCAGAACAAGUGGGACGAGAUCCGUAUGGCCAAGCCUUCCAAGCCCCAGUACAAGUACCAGCAGCACGAUAUCCCCCUGCGGCCUCUCCCUGAUGCACCAACACUGCCGUAUCUUUACGACAAGUACGCCUGUUACCAGGAGUUGGUUGAGCACUGGCUCACCACCGUGCCCACGUCCAGGGUUAACGGAGUAGGCUCUCCGAUCAUUGCUCGGGCCAUUGGAGACAAGGGUGGUCUUUAUCAGAUCAACUCGCUCGAGUUUGAGCACACUACCGACUCGUUUGGCCAGGAUCUUAAGGCUUUGGUAGGCUCUGACUCGCCCAAGCUCGGUGGAAACGCGUUUGGGUCCGCUUCUACCGUCGACCCAGUCAUUGAGGCGUUCCAUAACGAGUGUCUGCGCAUCUACACAGCAAAGACUGAUCUGGAGGAUGAUCUGUGUAAAGCAGAGUCUCCCCUCACGAUGGAGAAGCAGGGCUGGAGCCGAUUUGUGAGCCGUAUCCAUGUCAAGUGGGACUAUGGACUCACUGGCCACGUGGACGCCGUCAACCCCAUGACCAUUGAUGUGGGUGUUAUCGACGACGACGACGACGACGACGACGAUGGGGCGACCGCUACGGCGACCAAGCGGGCCAGUGUCCAGUCUGUGGGAAACGGGACCGGUAAGCGAGCAUCUGUGCAGAGCAAUGCCACUGGAAUGCGACCCAGCAGUGUGGCGUCCGUGGCCAGUAUCAAGCUGCUGAACGUCAGAGGAAGUAUGGUGUUGGAUGACGACGACAGGGGGAGUAUGAGUCGGAGUGAGAGCAAACUGGGCAAGUGGUUGAAGAAGAAGUAA